GUCUUCAUUUCAAUGCUUCUUGCUGCUAUGGCAAUGGCGUUAAAGCUUUAAUCUUUUCUUUAUUUCUCAUCUGGGUUUUCGCAUUUGAGCUCUCUUUGGAGAAAUCGUCUUGUUUUUGAGGUGAUUUUAAAGGGGGUGCAGUAGCAAUGGCGCCGUCGUUCGAUUGGUGGGCGAAGGAGAGCCAAAGGGGGACCCCGGUGGUGGUCAAGAUGGAGAACCCCAACUGGUCCAUGGUCGAGUUAGAAGGUCCUUCCGACGAGGAUUUCCUCAUCGGAGGCUCGCCGGCUCGUCCGCGGGACAAAGCGCGUGGGAAGAACGCAAAGCAGCUUACUUGGGUCCUCCUCUUGAAAGCCCACCGUGCCGCAGGUUGCCUUACCUACAUUGGCUCUGUAAUGAUUGGGCUGGGCUCAGCCAUUCGCCGUCGCCUUGCUGCCGGUAGAACUGACAGCGAAACGGACGCUGACACCGACACUAGCGGUAUGGAAAACGAAAACCCAACCGUCAAAAGCAGAUUUUAUAGUUGCAUCAAGGUGUUCCUCUGCCUGUCUCUGUUGUUACUUUGUUUCGAGAUCGCCGCGUAUUUCAAGGGGUGGCAUUUCGGGGCACCAAAUCUGCAACUUCAGUACAUUUUCACUACGCCGUUUGCCGUUAAGGACGUGUUUGAUUGGUUUUAUACAAAUUGGGUUUUGAUUCGAGUGGAGUAUCUUGCUCCUCCUCUUCAGUUCCUAGCAAACGUCUGCAUUGUGCUGUUUCUUAUUCAGAGCAUCGAUAGAUUAAUUCUCUGUUUGGGUUGUUUCUGGAUCCGGUUCAAAAAGAUCAAACCCAUCCCUGUGAAAGAUGCAGUUGCAGAUCUUGAAUCUGGGGAAGAAGGGUUUUUCCCCAUGGUUCUCGUCCAGAUCCCCAUGUGUAAUGAAAGAGAGGUUUAUCAACAAUCUAUAGCGGCUGUUUGCAAUUUGGACUGGCCAAAGUCCAAGAUUUUGAUCCAAGUUCUUGAUGACUCGGAUGACCCAACGACUCAAACGUUGAUAAAAGAAGAGGUGCAGAAAUGGGAACAAGAAGGAGCUAACAUUCUGUAUAGACACCGCAUAAUUAGAGAUGGGUAUAAGGCUGGAAAUCUCAAGUCUGCAAUGAAUUGUAGCUAUGUUAAAGACUAUGAAUUUGUUGCAAUUUUUGAUGCUGAUUUUCAGCCAACCUCGGAUUUUCUCAAGAGAACUGUGCCACAUUUCAAGGAUAAUGAGGAACUUGGGCUGGUUCAAGCUAGGUGGUCUUUUGUCAAUAAGGAUGAGAAUUUGCUAACAAGAUUGCAAAACAUCAACUUGUCAUUUCACUUUGAGGUUGAACAGCAAGUAAAUGGUGUUUUCAUUAAUUUCUUUGGGUUUAAUGGCACUGCUGGUGUGUGGAGGAUUAAGGCAUUGGAGGAUGCUGGUGGGUGGUUGGAGAGGACCACCGUCGAGGACAUGGAUAUUGCUGUCCGUGCCCACCUUAAAGGCUGGAAAUUUAUUUUCCUUAACGAUGUUGAGUGCCAGUGUGAAUUACCUGAGUCAUAUGAAGCUUAUAGAAAACAACAGCACAGAUGGCAUUCUGGACCCAUGCAGUUGUUCCGCCUCUGUUUGCCAGAUAUCAUCCGAGCUAAGAUUAGUGUAUGGAAGAAGUUCAAUAUGAUCUUUCUGUUCUUUCUGCUUAGAAAACUGAUACUACCCUUCUAUUCAUUCACACUCUUCUGCAUAAUUCUCCCAAUGACCAUGUUCAUUCCCGAGGCUGAGCUCCCUGCUUGGGUUGUCUGUUACAUUCCGGCUACCAUGUCCUUUCUCAACAUACUCCCAGCCCCAAAAUCCUUCCCCUUCAUUGUUCCUUACCUUCUCUUUGAAAAUACCAUGUCAGUAACAAAGUUCAAUGCCAUGAUCUCUGGCCUUUUCCAGCUUGGUAGUGCAUAUGAGUGGGUGGUAACUAAGAAAUCAGGGCGAUCAUCUGAGGGAGAUCUUGUCUCUUUGGUUGAGAAAGAGCAAAAGCAUCACCGUGGGGUUUCAGUGCCCAAUUUAGAAGAAAUGAAGGUAGAGAUUCAGCUGAAGGAACAAAAGGCUCGCAAAAAGAAGCAUAAUAGGAUAUACAUGAAAGAGUUAGCCCUUGCAUUCCUUCUUCUAACAGCUUCAGCUAGGAGUCUCCUCUCUGCACAGGGUAUCCACUUCUAUUUCUUGCUCUUCCAGGGGAUAUCAUUUCUCCUUGUUGGUCUAGACUUGAUUGGUGAGCAGGUUGGGUAAAUUACAAGUUAGAAACUUCAUGGAAAUGUGUGAUUGAUAGAUAUAAACACAUUGUGGGUGGAAAAUGAAUCCUAGUGCCACUGCAAAGAAGGGUUAUUGGGAAUCCGUAAGUGGAAGUGCUUGUUUCUUCCUAAUCCUCCACCUCUACGCCCCAGUUCCAGUUCCAUCCAUCUACAAGAAGAAAUUGUGUUAUAGAGACAGAAGAAUGGGCUCGAUUUUUUGAGAAGUAGACACAUGUAAUGUCAGGUUCCUUAUAUUCCCCCCUUUUUUUUUCCUCCUUUCUUUGAUUCAUUCGUUUCUGGGGUCAAUUCUUUUGUAAGAAAAAUUGUGUUUCAAACAGUAAUUGAAUUUAGCCACAGUUUUAAGACAGGAUCAUACCUUCUCCUUUUCACCUAAUUUUUUUGUAAGAUUUGUCAAUUCAAUUGCCUUUAG